AAAUAUCGACUUCUGCUCGUGGUAACUCAUUCUAAACUCGUUUAGAUACCAUCGAAGAUGAACUCGUUGUUGAUCAUCACUGCUUGUUUCGCCCUGGUCGGAACAGUGUGGGCAAAGGAAGGUUAUCUGGUGAAGAAGAGCGAUGGCUGCAAAUACGAUUGCUUUUGGUUGGGAAAAAACGAACACUGCGAUAUGGAAUGCAAAGCGAAGAACCAAGGAGGUAGUUACGGGUAUUGCUACGCUUUCGCAUGCUGGUGCGAAGGUUUGCCCGAAAGUACACCGACUUAUCCUCUUCCUAAUAAAUCAUGCGGCAAAAAAUAAUAGCAACAACUUUUUAUUGUCCACCAACAGAAAUAUUGUAACGCUUCUUAAUUGCAAUUAAAUAAAAUAAAAUGUAAUACCUUCAUCUAAAA